GGAGGGCCUAGCAGUUCGCACUGUAGGGAGGAGAGGGGCGUACAUAUAUAUUAGAGAGCCCCCUGGGCGGGGGGCCCAGUACCGUUCAAAGAUGCGAGCCGUUGGGAUGCUGCGGUCGGGGUUCAUUCUCGUCUUCCUUAUCAUUACCUACGCCAACACCCUACCUCUGCAAUACUUGCCGUCAAUUCCUGGGUACGUUCCGGUCUACAUCCGAAACGGCGAUGAACCCUUGGAGGAUAUUAACCUCGCGCUCGCCGAGGCCUUCGCUGAGCACUCAUCUUCUAAGAACCUGAAGGAAUCUCCGAUCGCGUUGGACGCUCUGCAGCCGGUUGACUACGAGCAGGUUUCGAACGGUGUGGACAAGGUCGAAAAAAGCACACCGGGCGCAUUUGAGCUCAACGAAUUAGGCGCUGAGCAGAAAAACGACGAUGCGAACGCCGAGGUCUUGAGCCUCGACGAGCCGGCGCCAACGGCGGUGCAACGCCGGGAGACGAACCGAUCGGACGGUGAGAAAAAAUCCGAGGCGGUCACGCUGGAGGUGAACAGGUCCAGAAUACCGCAGCUUCUCACUGCCCAGGAACACGAGGAUGAACAGACCUCCGAGGCGGAAAAAGUGCCACCGAUUUCCCUCUCCGAGGAGAGCGCAAAUGAGUUGAACAGCGUCCCAGCCAAGGAAGCAGAGGACUCGGACAAGCUCGGUUCUGAAGAGAAGUCGGAUCAAAUCAAGCCGACCGACGCUGCCGAUUUGAAUCCGAACUACCCGGAGCUGCCGGCGGAAAUACCGCAGCAACACAACAGUCAGGAUUUUGGAACACCGACUGAGGGUCAUCCGGAAGUCAACUCGCCGAUGAUCAUCAUGGGGGAAAUCAAUAGCGCAGAAUCAGUGAGCGAGCAUUCUUCAAGCUUGUCAAACGGGAACAAAGAUAACUUUGAGAGCAGCGGCAUUGCGUCUGAUGAUUCCGCGGCCAACGUAUCCGAGUGAAUGACGCUGGUUAAGUUAACGUAACGUAACGUAACCCAGUGUUAAGCUGUAGCAAAGAAUGCAAGGAAGAGCCAAAUUACCUAUUGCCAAAACGAAGCUUCGUUGAUUAACUUUCUGCGUGACGGUGUAGCUGAUUAUAAAACGCUGCGAAGUCAGCUGGGAGAGAAUCCGAUUAAUUGAAAUUGAUCAAUAAUUGCGAGUAACGAAUUGUUAAUGUUACACGUUUCGUACGAAAGAAAACGCAGAAAAGAAAAACACGUUCAAAUUGAAUGCUACAUUUUUAUUUCUAAGACGGACUUUUAUAAAAAUAAUGAUUAAAAAAAAAAAAACCAAAAAAAUUAUUAAAUAAUAUUUAUAAAACUAUCAAGCAUUUUCUACAAGUAAUUAUUGUGUACUGCCUACAAACGCACGUUUUAUCGUUUCGUCGAUUCAACAAUGAUGUUAUUCUCGAAAACAAAUCCACACGUAGUCUUCGAAUCGUUGAAAAAAAAACAUCUUUCCUGAUUUUGUUAUUGUAGAACUCAUCAAGUACGGUUUGAGCCAGGUUUGCAUUGGCAGUUAAGAAGAAUUCUAAACAACCUCGCACGUGACGUCAUCGAUAAAUUGUAAUAAUCAGCUUAGCACCUGUGUGUAAAAAUCGCGGUAGAAACUAAGUUUCAAUAAUUCAACAUGCGCGCAGCGCCAGACCUCUGCCAUAUACUUACUCAUCAUUCAUUACUGUUCUCCAUUUACUAUUCUAGUUAGGGUAAUCAUUUUGAACUAUAAAGGGACAUAAGAAAUUGUACAAAAUCACGAACAAAUAGUGUCAAGGGUAACCGAGUUACAGAUAUAGAUGUAGUUUUUCUACAUCCAAAUUUAGGUACGUGUAACAGUUCAACGGACAGUAUCGUGACGCUUUAUUCAGAUCUUUCGGUAUUGUAUGCAGGAAUAGUUUCUAUCGGUAUUUAACUGCAAUCAUUACUCACACUUGAAAAAUGUAUAAAAAUCGUGGGCGUGAUGGCUAAUUUCGGAAUGUCGUCGGGCAUUAAGAAUGACGUCAAACGCGGCAUGAUCAUUGUCACGACACAUGUGUAAGUGGCGAUGAUCGGAUCGCAAAUUAUUCACGUCUAUAAACUUUUAUUUCUUACUUA